CCCAAAGCAAGCCCUUCUUGCCUAUCCUACGCCUACUUGUCUGUCUGCCAGCUCCAUUCCUGUCUCCAGACCUACGCCAAAGGCUCUAUUGAACAACCCAAUCCAGCCAUACACUAUCUUGGUUGAUACCAUACGGGGUGACAGAGUUAUACCGGACUUUACAGUGGCCAACCAGCCGCCGUUUUCACUCCCGUUAUUCCCUCCUGUGUGCCCAAUCGCACCGCACUUUCACAGCUGCUGGCCAUCUGUCUGCCGGCAUGGUCUUUGUGCCGUUGAGUCUCUGGCCGCUGGUUCGGUCGAGGACGAAUGCACCAUAAUCGAUGAUCCUCCCGGUGCCUGCGCUGCAUUCUCAGCCUUGAUCUUUUUUAACUCGGUCCAUGCCGUUCUAGCAUGCAGUGCAUCUCACUCCCGCCGCUUCCCCCCGUCCUCUUUACCUUAAAUACUUAUUGUAUGCGCAUCGUGAUAACCUCUUGGUGGCUCUGGUCCAGCUGCUGAGAGCGAUCUUUGUCAUCCACUCUUCGUGAACCCAAUCAAUCCAAUAUCAAUUUGUCUAGUUGCAUGCGGGCCUCUCUACCUUCUGCAAUUGAACAUGCAAUUGUCUCUUGGAUCUGUUAAUCUAGACCCUGCCGCUGUUCCUGGAUCUGAUCUGUAUCACCCUGCGUCCUUCUUUGUUCCACCCGAUAUAUCCCCUUCCAACCAGAUAUAAUUGUGCCCUGCGCUGCUGCAGGUGGUCCUUCCUCAUACCCAAGGAGAUCAAGCGCUGUGUCAGGCGCUUCCUUCGUUCAUCUGCUUUUGUCUGUUGCUAUCCCGUGGAUAUUACCCUCCGUCAUGGAGACAGAAGGACAUCAUAUGCAAAGCAACGACUUCCAACAGCCGCUCUGGGCAGUCUAUGGCUCUUCGCAACAACAGUUCCCGGUAAACCAGGUCCCAUCCUACCAAGGCUUUGGCUACGGCCCAUCACCUAUCAUGCGGAUGGACCCUUCGUAUAGUGUGUCGAUACCACCACCAUACACCUCACUCCCUCUGGCCUUGCCGUCGCAGCCUUGGCCCAGUAUGCUAGCUACUCAGCCUCAUUUUUUGGAUCCAACCAUUCCGCCGCUAUCACCACCACUACCGCCACCACCACCACAGGCACAGACAUCUACAUCCGUUCCUAUACCCCAGUCCGUCCCUUCGAUCCGGAAGUCGUUGUCUGGCUCUUCAACCCCGAGGAGAACUCUUACGGAUGAGGAUCGUCGCCGCAUGUGUCUUUACCAUGAAGAGAAUAAGUCUGCUAAGCAGACUGAUAUUGGAGCGAUAUUUGGAGUGGAAAGAAGUACCGUUUCGAAAGUCUUGCGCCAGAAGGAGAAAUAUCUCAACCUCAAAAAUGGACCCCCGUCACCAGCCAAAAAGCCAAAGGGGAAGGUUCCGGAUAUCGAAAAGGCCGUAUAUAACUGGGUCGUCAAACGUCAGCAACAGGGAGCUCCAUUGACAGAUGGGUCAAUCAGGGAGAAGGCCCUUCGAUUCGCGAGUACUUGCGGCAACAUCGAAAAGGAAAAGGUGAUGAGCCCCAGCUGGCUACCGAAGUUCAAGAGAAAGUAUAACAUUACCGGUAUCCCAUCCCGCAAGGACUCUCUGGACGCCAAAAGCCAGCCACAAAGCCCCACCAAUAAUAAGAACAGUUCUUCGGGGGAUUCUUCCACUGUGCAUACCCCCACUACGGUUUCUCCCGCGUCCCCAUGCGCACCACCCCUGACUCCAACGCAGAUUCAGGAAGGUCUCCAGAAGGAAACGGCACCUGGGCUGCCAUCCGCUGAUGAUAAUGAUCUCCUGAACGGCUCCAAUCCCCUUGACAACUCAUCCAAUUUCUCUAGCGGUGUUACCAGCCCAUCGACCAUGGUGUCCGACAGUCCCUUCACCCCUACCAGUCAGUCAAGCAUCCCUUUGAUGGGCAGUGAUUCCCAGCGACCACGGAGCCAGACAUUUCCAUUUGCAGUUGACCCAAGUUUCAUCGCUGCAGAUCCAGCCUUUAACCAAAUCUCACCUAAGGCCUCUCAACAGCGGUCAUUGUCGGUGGCUGGGCUUCAACCGCCAUUUGAGGAAGGAGACAGGCGAAAUAUUAACCUGAAUACAUCAGUCACGUUCGAGUGCAAUAAGAGUGAUCUCGAAGGCAACCCCCAGUCCUUCUCACCUCCGGUUCUGCAGACGAACGCCUUUUCACCGGUCAGCUCUCCUGGUUCACCCACCCAGUAUGAAGCACGACAGGCCCUGGAGUUGGUAAUGAAUUACUUCCAACAUCAACCAUCCGGACUCGGAGCGCAAGAUUAUAUGACCAUUAGCAAGCUCAUGCAGAGACUGGAGAUAGUCAAGAAUCACCCCCAUCUUCUUCCAGGAGGUCUUUCCUCUAUCGAAGAACAGCACGGUUCUCCUCAGCUGAACAAGAAAAGAAGCAUUCAUACCCUCAGCUGAUGUGGAUGAGGAUCUUCGCCUCAACGCGACUAAUUGCCUUCACAUCGAGUCACUUGCAAACAUAUCUGAACGCAUUAUUUUUAUUCUUUCGGGACGUUUGUUUUCGAUCCUUAGGUUUGGUCUUGGUUGUUACUUUUGCAUGUUUUAUUCCCCUUUCGGUAUCUUGGGUGUCUCUUUGGGAUUUUUUUUUUUUUUAUUUAUUAUAAUUUCCUCCCCAUGGCUGACACUGGCAGCUUGAUUUUGCUUCUUCCGUUUUUAUAUUACCCAUUAAUCUCCUGGCUAUUGUUAUUUAUUUCCCGGCUUUUCUUCACCAAAACAGAUCUGCAACCCGCAAGUUCCGCGUAGGGAAGAUUACAUGAUACAGCGAUAUGAGGGCAACCUCUUAACAUUGGGCUUUGCAAAAUUCAUUCCCCCUUUUUUUUUUUUUUUUUUUUUUCAAUAUUUGCUUUCUGUGCUAUACAUACGGGGAAUUUGUUCCGAGUACUUGCACCAUUGGGUUGACUAUACGACAGCGCAUCCCUCCAAUUCUGGGUUGAAUUGAAUACUGUACUUGAUAAUCAGUCACGUACGCCUUCUAUCCCUUCCCUUUUGACAUUGUUUUAUUUCACGGCCAUUUACUUAGUAUUUUGUGCACCUAUCAUGUACCCCCUGUUAUACUACCUAACCAUGCAAGUUAGCUAAGCUAGCAAAUACUUGUGGAUGAACAGAAACAUUCUAUGUUGCAUUGGACAUGUUUUAAUGGGAAAGGCAGGAGAGAGAGUAAUUAAGGGGAAAGAAAGAAGAUAAUAAAUUGAUUAAAGAGGAAGAGAAGACUUAACGAGAGCUCUCGAGUUGUUUGUUCAAUGUAAGCUCUUUUUUUUUUGUUAGUUGGUUCGGAGUUUGGACAAUCUAAUACGUUUAAAGCAUAAUAGUAAUACAGCUGCAUUUAGUAUUUACAAUAAUAUAUAUUGUCU